GCACGCCCACUUGUUCGAACGAAAGGGACAUUCGUGCGCGCUCCCAUUCUCCACAGCUCUCGGUUUGCUCGCUCUGUGUUGAUAGCGGCUUUCUGCUCCCACACGUGUAAUCUCUUAUAUGUGGCGCUCUCUCUUUGGGACCCCUCAAUAAGCAGACCCCGCUCCAUCAGAAAAGGUGUAAAGCCAUAGAAAUCGACCACCAUGGGGGCUUAUCUGUCUCAACCUAACACGACCAAGACCUUUGCCGAUGGCGGCAACAGCACCCUGAGCUACGGCUUCUCUGCCAUGCAGGGCUGGCGCGUCUCCAUGGAGGACUCUCACAAUUGUAUUCCAGAGUUUGACGAGGACACAGCCAUGUUUUCUGUGUAUGAUGGACAUGGAGGUGAAGAGGUGGCUCUGUACUGUUCAAAGUACCUUCCUGAAAUCAUCAAGGAGCAGAAGACCUACAAAGAUGGCAAACUGCAAAAGGCUCUGGAGGAAGCCUUCUUGGUCAUCGAUGGCAAAAUAACCACAGAGGAUGUCAUUAAGGAGCUGGUCCAGAUCGCUGGGCGGCCCACAGAGGAGCCGCCUGUGGUCAAGGUGUCACCGGAAGACGAUUUGGAAACGGAGGAGGCUGCUUUGCUCCACGAGGAGGCCACCAUGACUAUAGAGGAGCUGCUGGUACGCUAUGGCCAGAACCUCAAUGCUGUCAAGCAUGCAGCUGCCAUCAGUGCUGCUGCUAAGAAAGCAGCCAGCUCCAACCCCGAGGCCUCGGAAAGCAAAGAUGAAGCUGGGAAAGAAAAGGAGGAGGAGGUAGUAAAUGGAGAAAUGGAAGAGGAGAGCAAUGGAAAAGGGAAGAAAGGCGAAGGAGCAGCAAGUGGAUCGAAGCUGCGAGCAUCCAGGAGAUCAGGAGUGGAGGGGGGGGCCAGUGGUGCAGCAGCCGACUGUGGAGGGUCAGGAAGCGCCAAUGGGGCGGGAAAGGCCGGAAAGGCAGAAGGAGACGCAGGUCCUUCCUGCUCGUCCUCCAAGGCUGUAGGAGAUUCAAAGUCCAGGUUCUUCGAUGACAGCGAGGAGUCUGAUGGAGAGGAGGAGGGCAGUGAGGAAGAGGAUGGUAGCGAAGAAGACGAUGGUGACAGCAGUGAGAUGGAAGAAGAGGAGGAUACAGAUGAUGGAGAGGAAGACUCUGAAGAUGAAGAGGAGGAGGAGGAAAUGUGCCUUCCUGGAAUGGACGGGAAAGAGGAGCCCGGCUCUGACAGCGGCACCACAGCUGUGGUGGCUCUGAUCCGAGGAAAACAGCUGAUCGUGGCCAACGCCGGAGACUCUCGCUGCGUGGUGUCUGAGCGCGGCAAAGCUGUGGACAUGUCGUAUGACCACAAGCCGGAGGACGAGCUGGAGCUGACCCGCAUCAAAAACGCUGGCGGGAAAGUGACCAUGGAUGGGCGGGUCAACGGGGGGCUGAACCUCUCCAGAGCUAUCGGUGAUCACUUCUAUAAGAGGAACAAGGCUCUGCCUCCAGACGAGCAGAUGAUCUCCUCCAUGCCAGACGUCAAAGUCCUGACUCUUAACGGGGACCACGACUUCAUGGUCAUCGCCUGCGACGGCAUCUGGAAUGUGUUGAGCAGUCAGGAGGUGGUGGACUUCAUCAGUGAGAGGAUCAAACCAGACCAGAGCGGCAAAGUCAAAUCCCUCUCAUCCAUAGUGGGAGAGCUGUUGGACCACUGUUUGGCCCCCGACACAUCUGGAGACGGGACCGGGUGUGACAACAUGACCUGCAUCAUCAUCACCCUCCGGCCUCACCCGGCCACCGCUCAGCCGGAUGACAAGAAGAAGAGGAAGCUGGAGCACGAGAAGAACGGCAACGACAGCAAAAAGACCAAAAGUGAAUAAAGGGAGAGAGAAACGGAGCCAGAGGCAGCAGCUGGUCCCGGCUCCCCAGAGGCAAACUCUGCUCUACAGUUGAUCCCUGCCGCACAAACAUCCCCCUUCAAAUCGAAUUUAAAUGACUAUACGUAUGUUCAAAGAUCGGCUGAACUGAGAUCAUCGGUAUAGUUUUUUAUUCUCAGUUUAUCUCACUUUAACGCCCUUUCAGUUAUUUCUUUUUGUUGGUGUCGCUGUAAAGACUUCUUAAAUUCAGAGGAGUCAUACAUGCUGAAUAGUUCAUUAUUUUCCAAGUAUUUGUAACUAGAUGCCGAAUGAUCCAGUCUAUAGACAUCUAUGUGUAUUUCUAAACAUUAAGAGACGUCUUAUCUCCUCUACAGACAUCACUGCCCUCUGUUGUGAAAAUAUUUCCCCACAUGGCAGUUUCACAGUUUUGUUUCAGUGGAAGUUUGAGGAUAACUCUCCUAGUGGCCUGUGUAUGAUCGCUUUUGACAUAUUACAGUAAGACACACAUUUUUCAUUUUGCAAUAUGAAACAUGCAAGCUACUUUCCCAAUAUGGAAUCGCACAAUGCUCUGUGUUGUGCCCAAAUUACAAGGCAUUCAUUGUAUCUCAAAGUGCCAUUAAAUCCCUUUUUUAUAGGCACCAUUUCACAUCCUCAAACGAACUGAAGGGACCCGAAACGGUAGUGAAAGUGAUUGAAAGGGGAUAUCAUUGUCUUUUGUAGCCCCAAUUUAAAGACUCCAGGAGCAGCGAGAGUGUGCAUGCUUGUCCAGUGAAUGUGCCGCCGGAUGUUCCCUGUUUAAGGGACUGAAGGAUUCGGGGAACUAGUCCCGUCGCUCUUGUUUGUCAUUUAUAUUUUUCUCACUCAAUUACCACCCAGACAAUGAUUCUUUUUCAGGCUCACUGGUUCCAUAACAGCCCAAUCAAAAACAUCACGUCCCCGUUAUCUGGCCUUUAUUUCCAUUCCUGCUUUGUUUCUGGUUCUGAUUAGAUUCUGUAAAUAUCCAGACAAAUAUAAGAUGCCAGGGUUUCUUGAACUAGUGUACUUUUCUUCUGUAAGAUCUGAUGGCAGCACAAAGAGACGUAAAGCCUUUUCUGUGUGUCCAUCCAGAGACAGGUGGUGAUUGAAGCCCUUCUCCACCACAUUCCCUCUCACCGUCUGUCCACUGUGUUUUAGUAAAAAAAGUAUUUCCACUCAAAUGUUUGUUAUUCUUUUUCUAUUUUGAUGCAACAGUUAUAGGAAGUUUAUUUUCUUGCCAGCACACUCUGGAAACGCUGUACUGUGGAGAGGAUGCACAAGAUUACUUUUGAGUGGAAAUACAGUCUGAAGCUCAGAGCACCGAGACAGCGUAACUGUUCAGAAUAUUUCUCUCGUCUUUAUUUGCAGAAUCGUCAUUUAAACUGCACCGUGUGACUAAGUUUAUCUCUAGUGUACUUUCUUGUCACCAUUCCCCCUUUUUCUGUAAAUAGUGUUUUCAAUACUUGUAAUUGAAGAAGAAAAAAGCUUUUUCUUUGUAAUUGUGAGUCAAUGUGACAUUUUUGGUGCACUCUUUUGACACCAGUAUGUAAGUACAUACAAAUACAUUUUUUUAAAUAAUCAUGAA